AUGGACUGCGUAUUCGUUGAUGGGUCCAUUUUUCCCCCACCGGCUUUUGCAAGAAACGGUAGGGUGACUUUCAUGGUGCCUCCUAGUGGUAGUAGGAGAAGCCUCCCCAAGAAUCUCCGCUAUCCGUGGCAAGCUAAGCUUCCUCCUGAUAUUGGGGUCAAUACAUUCUUGAAGAGGUCGAGCAAUGAUGUUGGCGAGCUGUCUCAAGAGGAGUUUCAUGAGGAGGAGGAGGAGGAGGAGGAAGAAGAAAAGUUUACAGAAGACGGUGACAUUGUGUGGGAGUCGGAGGAGAUUGAAGCUAUUGAGUCACUUUUCCAAGCUAGGAUACCCCAAAAGCUGGGGAGUUUGAGUAGACAGAGGCCUCUACCGCUGCCGCUUCCUUACAAGAUUAGACCAUCUAGGCUUUCUUCGCCGAAGAAAAAUGCUGUUAAGAUUGGACGUAUAACCAAGCAAGUGUACAAGAACCCCAAUGCGCUUGUUGGUUUGGCCAGGGAGAUUAGAGGCCUUGGAGCAAAUAAAGUUGUGGGGGUGGUUCUGGACAAGAGGGUUCAGUUUCUGCGAAAAGGGUCGCUUUCCAUGACAAUUCGGGAGUUGGGGCACAUGGGGCUUCCUGAGAGGGCUAUGCAGACCUUCUGUUGGGCUCAGAAACAGCCUCAGCUCUACCCUGUUGACCUGACUUUAAAUUCGACGGUGGAGGUCCUGGCGAGGAACCAUGCUUCGAGUCGUGGUGUGAUUGAGGAAAUGGUGAGAGGUUUCAUUAAAGGAGGCAGCUUGCAUUUAGCUUGGAAGUUAGUUUCGGUAGCUAAAGGUAAUUAAAGGAAGCUGGAUCCUAGAUUGUACGCAAAGCUGAUAGUAGAGUUUGGAAAAAAUCCUGAUAAGCAUGUGGUUGUAAUGACCUUACUAGAGGAGCUUGGAGAAAGAGACGAUUUGAAAUUGAACCAACAUGACUGUACGACUGCUAUUAUGAAAGUGUGCAUUAGGCUAGUGAAAUUUGAAGUUGUCAAGAGUGUUUAUGAUUGGUAUAGAAGAAUUUGUAGAAGAUAG